AUGCCGGUGCUGGAUGGGCUUCGAUAUGGCGAGCCAGUUGAUGGCAGCCCGAGCUUGAAUGAUCGCCCGAGACAGAAGAUCGUAAUCGUUGGAUUGGGAAUGGUGGCUAUUUCCUUGAUUGAAAAAAUCAUUAAACAAGACACAGACCAACGCUAUGAUAUCCUCGUUAUCGGAGAGGAGGCCCAUGUCGCCUAUAAUCGUGUUGGUUUGUCCUCGUUUUUCGAACAUCGCAAGAUUGAAGAUUUGUACUUGAACCCCAAGGAAUGGUACGACUCCAUCAAAGAGCGGACCUUUGACCAUCACAUCAAUACCACAGUGACCUCAAUAAGCCCAAGCAACAAAACUGUCCAGACGUCCACCGGUGAAACAAUCACCUACGACAUCCUUGUCCUCGCAACCGGCUCCGAUGCAGUUCUCCCCACCCGUACUCCAGGCCACGAUGCCAAGGGUGUCUUUGUCUACCGCACUAUCUCCGAUCUGGAACGGCUGAUUGACUUUGCAUCUCAACAUAAAGGCGAGACAGCAGUAACCGUCGGAGGCGGACUGUUGGGUCUCGAAGCCGCCAAGGCGAUGACCGAUCUGCAAGAUUUUGGCAACGUGAAAUUGAUCGACCGAAACAAAUGGGUAUUGGCUCGUCAGUUGGAUGGUGAUGCCGGGUCAUUGGUCUCUCGUAAGAUCCAGGAGCUGGGACUUGAUGUGCUGCACCAGAAACGGGUCUCAGUCGUCAAUACCGACUCUGACAAUAAUGUUACCGGAAUCACAUUUGAAGAUGGUGAACACAUUGAUUGUUGCUGUAUUUGCUUUGCGAUUGGCGUCAAGCCCAGGGACGAGCUAGGAGCGUCAGCUGGUAUUCUGUCCGCGUCACGAGGAGGGUUUGUUAUCAAUGAGAGCCUCGGAACUUCAGUACCAGAUAUUUAUGCCGUGGGAGAAUGCGCCAGCUGGGAGAAUCAGACCUUUGGAAUCAUCGCGCCUGGAAUUGAGAUGGCCGACGUACUAGCCUAUAAUCUCACUAAUGUGGACAAGAAGCCUAAGAGCUUUACACGACCGGACUUGAGCACCAAGCUCAAGCUCCUAGGAGUCGAUGUUGCCUCAUUUGGCGAUUUCUUCGCCGACAGAGAUGGACCCAAGUUCCUCCCGGGUGAUCGACCUCUCAUUGGCAGCAAUGCUGGUGAUAUACCUCCCGUCAAAGCCUUGACAUAUAAGGAUCCAUUUGGUGGAGUCUAUAAAAAGUAUCUGUUUACCAUGGACGGUAAAUACUUGCUUGGUGGCAUGAUGAUCGGGGAUACCCGGGAUUAUCUCAAGUUGAAUCAGAUGGUUAAAGCGCAAAAAGAGUUGGAAGUUGCUCCCAGCCAGUUCAUUCUUGGAGCGCAGAAUGAAGGCGAGGAAAAUGCAGAUGACCUUGACGAUAGUACUCAGAUUUGCGCCUGUCACAAUGUGACCAAGGGCGACGUGGUCGAGAAUAUCAAGAGUGGAACUUGUACGACAAUCGGUGAAGUGAAGUCUUGCACAAAAGCAGGAACCGGAUGUGGCGGGUGCAUGCCCUUGGUGCAAUCCAUAUUCAACAAAACUAUGCUUGAGAUGGGACAGGAGGUGUCCAAUCACCUCUGCUCGCAUAUUCCCUACUCUCGUGCUGAUCUUUACAACGUGAUUGCGGUCAAGCAACUCAAGACAUUUGUGGAGGUUAUGCAAACGGCAGGAAACAAGCCUGAUUCCCUCGGCUGUGAGACCUGCAAGCCUGCCAUCGGAUCUAUUUUGUCGAGUUUAUUCAACCCACACGUAAUGGAUAAAGGUUAUAACGAAUUACAAGACACCAACGACAAGUUUCUGGCCAAUAUACAGAGAAACGGAACUUUUUCUGUGGUGCCUCGGGUACCCGGUGGAGAAAUUACAGCUGAAAAGCUCAUUGCUAUCGGCACAGUUGCCAAGAAAUACGGGCUCUACUGCAAGAUUACAGGUGCACAACGUAUUGACAUGUUCGGUGCCAAGAAGCAGGAUCUAUUGCCUAUUUGGACUGAGCUGGUUGACGCUGGGAUGGAGAGUGGCCAUGCCUAUGCGAAGGCGCUGCGAGCUAUCAAGAGCUGUGUGGGCUCUACAUGGUGCCGGUUCGGUAUUGGUGACAGUGUCGGCCUCGCAAUCCGAUUAGAAGAGCGCUACAAGAGUGUUCGUGCUCCGCAUAAAUUCAAGGGAGCAGUAUCCGGCUGUGUACGUGAAUGUGCGGAGGCACAAAACAAGGAUUUUGGCCUCAUCGCCACAGACAAAGGCUUCAACAUUUUCGUUGGAGGCAAUGGUGGUGCAAACCCCCGCCAUUCCGAGCUACUAGUCAAAGACGUCCCAUCAGAGAUGGUCAUGCCCAUCGUGGACCGAUACCUGAUUUUCUACAUCCGCACCGCCGACAAGCUCCAAAGAACAGCCCGGUGGAUCGAAAACCUCCCCGGCGGCAUCGACUACCUACGAGAAGUGAUCAUCGACGACAAGCUCGGCAUCUGCGCCGACAUGGAGCGUCAAAUGCAGGAGCUUGUCGACAGCUAUUUCUGCGAAUGGACCGAGACAGUGCGCGACCCCAAGCGACGCAAGAAGUUCCAGCAAUUCGCAAACACAGACGAGACCGUUGACACGGUGGAAGUCAUCCAAGAGCGCUCACAACAGCGUCCUACAUACUGGCCCAAAGAGUCCGUCACCGAGGAUUUCAGGAAUCAUCAGUGGUCGGGUCUCUCGUGGCAACCUGUUGUCAAAGCCGAUCACUUUUCCGACGAGCCGCCCCAGGUUUCUUCUGCAAAUGUCAAGCGUGGAGAUACGCAGCUGGCCGUUUUUAAAAUCAAGGGGAAGUUCUACGCGACGCAGCAGAUGUGUCCGCACAAGCGCGCGUUCGUGCUGUCGGAUGGCCUGGUCGGUGAUGAUGAUGCGGGGAAGUACUGGGUUUCAUGCCCGUAUCAUAAACGCAAUUUCGAUUUGAAUGGUGAGCAGGCAGGCCGGUGCUCGAGUGAUGAGAGUAUGAACAUUGCUACUUUCCCCGUGGAAGAGAGAGAUGACGGAUGGAUCUAUAUUAAAUUACCGCCGGUUGAGGAGUUGGAUUCGGUUCUUGGGACGGAGAAAUGGAAGGUCAGGAAGGGAGAAGCGCCUGAUCCAUUCCAGAAGAUGGAUAAAAAUUAUAAGGGGAUGAGAGGGAAGAAGGUGGCCCAUGGCGAUGUAAGCCGGCCAACGGUCAAGCCAGCUCAAGGGAUCGACUGGUGA